CGAGUUUGUACUUUUAGGUUGCUCAGUUUUCCACUCUGACAUAGAAUUCGUCUCUUCCUCCCUUCCACUCAUUCUUUCAUUUUAGUCGUCGUCAUCGCAUGCUCAAUUUUCCUCUUUGACGCUUCCAUCAAUACAAUACAAUUCAUCUCCCCAACCUUUCACACCAAACUCCCACAAAAAUGGACUCAAAUCAACAACUCAAACUCACCCAGAUGAAGAAUUUCAUCCAAAAGCUCGGUUCUUCCACAGAGAAGUAUGGAGACCCAACACUAGAAAGGUUCUUGAUUGCAAGAUCCAUGGACCCAAAUAAAGCUGCAAAGAUGUUUGUUUCAUGGCAGAAAUGGAGGGCUUCUUUUGUCCCAUUAGGGUUCAUCCCUGAUUCACAAGUGACUGAACAAUUGGAUCAUAGAAAGGUGUUUUUACAAGGCUUCUCUAAAGAUGGGUACCCUGUUGCGAUUGUUAAAGCUUGCAACCAUUAUCCUGCUAAAGAUCAGCCACAGUUUAAAAAAUUUGUGGUUCAUAUGCUUGACAAAAUAAUUGCAAGUGGUGUCAAAGGAACAGAAAUUGGUAACGAGAAGAUGGUCGCCGUUCUUGAUCUAGAUCAAAUUAGUUACAAAAACGUUGAGGCUCGUGCAUUAAUCACAGGAUUUCAGUUUUUACAGGCGUACUAUCCCGAGAGGUUAAAAAAGUGUUACAUUUUGAGCAUGCCGUGGUUUUUUGUGAGCGUGUGGAAGAUGGUUUCUCGGUUCUUGGAGAAAGCAACUUUAGAGAAGAUUGUAAUAGUUACUAAUGAGGAAGAGAAAAAGCAAUUUAUCAGAGAAGUUGGGGAAGAUGUCUUGCCUGAAGAAUAUGGCGGGCGUGCGAAUUUUGUCCUCAUUCAAGACGUUGUACUACCCCCUUUGGAGGAUUAACUGUAAUUAUAAUAAUAUAACUAAACUAUUGCUUACUCUUAAUAAUCUCAACUUGCAUCAUGUAAAUUUUGAUCAAGUCUAGACUUGGAUCUUGAGUUGUCAAUAUGUAAACGAAUUGUUUAAAGCGGUCCUUUUGACGAUCAAGUAAUCAAAAUCUAUUCAGAUCUAAA